AACUUUAUGUUAGUGAGGAUUUCCUUAACUUAAAGAUCACUCCCGUGAUAUUAUGCUUUUGCAGUUGAAGAAAACAGCUAGAGAGAUACAAUUAUUAUUAGCAUCCUUAGGGUUGGGGUUGGGCCACUCUUAGUUUCGACAAUCAUAAUACGUUUUCCUUGUUAUGCACAUGUUGUAAUAAAAGUAUAUUCUGUGUUAUUAACUCUACGAAGAAGAGAAAAACAUAUUCUGACUUUGAAUUCUUCAAGUUUUACCUGGAAUAAGUCCAUAUAUCAUGCAAUUGAGCUAUCGUUCAUAACAAGGUUUCAGUGAUCUCCAUCUCUCUCUCCCUCUUCCGUUUUUCCUUAGAGAGAAGAUGAGAGAGAUUUUUCCAGGACUAUGGCCUUGGAUGCUUGCUAUGCUAUUGUUCAUUGUUUUUCUCACAAAAUUGUCAAGAAAUAAGAAGGUAGGGAAAAGAAAAUACAGAUUGCCGCCUGGAAGAAGAGGCUGGCCUUUAGUUGGUGAUAGCUUCAACUGGUACAAUGCUGUUGCAAGUUCUCAUCCUCCUAGGUUUGUCGAAGAACAGGUCAAAAGGUUUGGGAAGAUAUUCUCAUGCAGCCUGUUUGGUAAAUGGGCAGUGGUGUCAGCAGACCCAAGCUUCAAUCGAUUUGUAAUGCAAAACGAAGGGAAAUUAUUCCAAUCAAGCUAUCCAAAAUCAUUCAGAGAUUUGGUGGGGAAAAAUGGGGUAAUCACGGUCCAAGGAGAUCAACAAAGGAAACUACAUGCAAUUGCCUCCAAUAUGAUGCGCCUAGAUAAGCUCAUCAAAUUCCAUUUCUUGGAAGACAUUCAAAUGGUUAUGCUUCAAACUUUGGCCAAUUUCCACAACAAUCAACGCAUUUCUCUCCAGGAUGUGUGCAGAAAGGUUGCUAUCAAUCAAAUGGUUAAUCAACUCUUGGGAUUUACAAGUGAUUCAGAAGUAAAUGAGAUGGCUCAGUUGUUCUCUGACUUCGUUGAUGGCUGUCUAUCCAUUCCAAUUAACUUACCGGGUUUUGCUUAUCACACUGCCAUGACGGCAAGGGAGAAAAUAAUUGGGAAGAUAUACAACAUAAUUGAGAUGCACAGGCAAAUGCAAUUACAAGGUACAGGUGCAACACAGCAAGGUGGUAUUGGUGUUCUUGGAAGACUUGUAGAGGAAGAAAGCUUACCGGAUGAAGCUGUAGCAGACUUCAUUAUCAAUCUUCUCUUUGCCGGGAACGAAACAACUGCUAAAACCAUGCUUUUCGCCGUUUAUUUCCUCACUCACUGUCCCAAAGCAAUGAAGCAACUUAUGGAUGAACAAGAUGGGCUAAGGGGUAACAGUAAUGGAGAGGAGCUUCUUACAUGGCAAAACUACAAAGCAAUGCCUUUCACUCAAUGCGUUAUUGAUGAAACACUUCGUCUUGGGGGCAUUGCAAUUUGGCUAAUGAGAGAGGCAAAAGAAGAUGUUAAUUACCAAGAUUAUAUUAUUCCCAAAGGAUGCUUUAUAGUUCCAUUUCUUUCUGCCGUUCAUUUGGAUGAAAAUGUGUAUGAGGGAGCUCUAACAUUCAACCCUUGGAGAUGGAUGGACCCUCAAAAUGAGGAAAAGAGAAACUGGAGAAGUAGCCCAUUCUAUGCUCCCUUUGGAGGAGGUGCAAGAUUUUGUCCAGGAGCAGAGUUGGCUCGCCUUCAAAUUGCUCUAUUUCUCCAUUACUUCGUCACUACAUACAGGUGGACCCAACUUAAAGAAGAUCAGUUGUCCUUCUUUCCCUCCGCUCGAUUAGUAAAUGGCUUUCAAAUCCGCUUAACUAAAAGGCAUGAUGAAAUGCAAGAAUUAACUUGAUCAUUUUUUUUUUUUUUUUUUUUUUUGGUUCUUGUAAUUUAUCAUACACAUUUUAUAUUUGUCAAUCAUGUAUAAAUUUUUUAUUCAUAAGCUCCUAUCAUGUAAUGUAAUAUAUUGAAGCGUUUGAAAUUGUAUAGAAAUUUUAUUUGGGAUUAUUUGGAAAUUGCUGUUGAAUGAGUGUAUUUUGUUCUUUAAAUAAAAAGUAGGUUAUUAAUUCCUA